UAAAUAUUUUAAAAUGAUACCUUAUUUAUGGAACGCCACAUCUGUCUUAAGGCUACAAAAUACGCAUCAUACUGUCAUAACAUACAUUGUUAUACACCUUAAUUUUUUCCCUACAUAAAACUAAUACAAUCUAAAACGAACAUUUCAACUGUUAAAUCAACUCUCACACUCGUGGUCUAUUGACCGGUCAAUAGUUUUCGAACUGUUGACCGGGCAAUAGUCUGCUCUAUUUCUAUUGGCUACGCAAGUCACGUGAUUAUCAGUCUGCUGUUUUUACAUAAUGGCGAGGUUUACUAAUUUUAGUGAUGAUGAGAUACAGACUCUAUUAGAUCAAACGGAAAGCAGGAAUACGAAAAAUGUUAUCAACGUUGCGAAAAAUAUUUUUGAACAAUAUAUCAACGAAAUGCUUCAACGGAAUUACGAUGAUAUACAAGAUAUACCUGCCGAAGAAUUGGCUCUUGUUCUGAAGAAAUUUUAUUGUAACGUCAGAAAUCGCAAUGGAGGGCCUUAUGCUAAGAAAACAAUGAUUUCUCUCAGGUACGGUUUACAGAAAACAUUUGAAAAAACGCACAAAUUUGACAUUGUAAAUGACGACAGAUUCAAGGAGGCCAACAAAAUUUUUCAUGCUUGUUUGAAAAAGCUGAAAAUGGAAAGGGGUGGUGAAAGCAAACAUAAGGAAAUUAUUUCCGAGGAAGAUAUAAGAAAAUUGUAUUCAACCGAUACUUUAUCGACUAAAGACCCUAAAUCUCUGCAAUUUAAGGUGUUUUUUGAACUGAUGAUGUUUUUGUGUAACCGCGGAAGGGAAAACCGCCGCAAUAUGACCAAAGAUUUUGUAGUAAACACUGAUGCUAGUGGGAGGAGAUAUGUUGUAAAUGUGAAACCAAGGCUCACUAAAAAUCACCAGGGUGGAACACAUGAUGUGGAUGAUGGUGGUGGUAGGAUGUACGAAAAACCAGGAACCCCACACUGCCCUGUUCUAAGCUUCGAGAAAUACCUGACGAAAUUAAAUCCAGGUUGUCAUUUCUUAUGGCAACGGCCCAAGAGUUUUCAAGCUGAAAGUGAGGAUCCAUCGAUUUGGUAUGACAACAUGGUUCUGGGCAAGAACUCCCUCGGCCAAAUGAUGCAGAAUAUAAGUAAACAAGCAGAACUUUCUAAAGUGUACAGUAAUCACUGCAUUAGGGCUACCUGCAUAACUCUUCUGGAUGAAAGUGGGUAUGAAGGGAGGCAUAUUAUGACUGUCUCAAAACAUAAAUCGGAAACAAGUUUAAAACAUUACGUCUCAAAAGCACGGGAGAAAAAGAAACGCGAAAUGUCUAACGCAUUGGCAGAACAAGUAAUCCCACAGACAGCACCAGCUCCAGAAGUGAUCACUGCUACAAGCUCUGAUAAUGCGAAUUUAGAAAAUGUUGACUUUCUAGAAAUAGAUAGUCAGGAAUUAAACAAUAUGAUGGUUUCUGUGCUUGAACAGAAUUCAACCGUUGCACAGUCUAACAUUCCUGAGCCUAGCACCGUCAAUAACCAAAUCACGUGCGUUUCGAAAGAAAAUGUUUGUCCAAAAUACAGUUUUAAUAACUGUUCAGUCGUUAUUAAUGACUAUGGUGGAAAAAACUAAAAGUUAAAAAGCUAAUGAUUACAAACACACCCUGAAAUUUCAACCCCAGAAUAGAAUCAGCUUCUGUAGUUUCUGUUCACGUGGACCUUGUUGUUAUAUUUACAUAUAUAUUGUGAAAAUUCAUGAAUAAUAAACGUUAAUUGAUUUAUUUAUAUCUUCCGAUCUUUCAUACUUCGGUAAUGAUAUUGGGCAUGUUUUCUUUUACACUAGUGGAUACGUUGAUAAACGUACACAAUCAACAAACCAUGUGUUAG